CAAUCAGAGAGGAUGGCAUGCCAGGAGGCAGAAACAAAAGCAUCGGACCUGUCCAGAUAUCGGAGGAAGAGAUCGAGAGGAUUAUGUCUGGGCAAGAAUUUGAGGGAGAGGCAAACAUGUCAUGGAGCAACAACGGAGACAGCGACCACAGUUCCCCUGGAAAUGGAGUUUCUGAGAGCAACCAGCCUUCGCCCGUUUCUACUCCGUCUUCAAGGUCCGUGGAGCUGAAUGGAUUCGCUGCACUCAGGGAUCAGUACAUCGGGACACCAGUGUCCGCGCACUAUCAGUACCUCCCGCACCUUUUUAGCUAUUCCGCCCACUCGGCUCUGGUGCCCCCGCAGACGCGCAGCCUGGACCCGCAGUCGCACAGUCUCAUCAAUCAGCUGGUGUCGGCGGAGGACCUGGAGCCGCUCGGGACGCCGAUGCUCAUCGAGGACGGGUAUAAAGUGACUCAGGCAGAGCUGUUUGCGUUGUUAUGUCGUCUGGCGGAUGAAUUGCUUUUCAGGCAGAUUGCUUGGAUCAAGAAGCUGCCAUUCUUCUGCGAGCUCUCCAUCAAGGACUAUACCUGCCUGCUCAGCUCCACGUGGCAGGAGCUGAUUCUGCUCUCCUCGCUGACUGUGUACAGCAAGCAGAUCUUUGGUGACCUCGCAGAUGUCACCUCCAAGUACUCCCCCUCUGAUGAUGAGCUGCACAGAUUCAGUGAAGAGGGCAUGGAGGUGAUGGAGCGGUUGAUCUACCUCUUUCGCAAAUUUAACCAGUUGAAGAUCAGUAACGAGGAGUACGCGUGUAUGAAAGCCAUUAACUUCCUAAACCAAGACAUCAGGGGUCUGACCAACGCGUCCCAGCUGGAGCAGCUGAACAAGCGAUACUGGUACGUCUGCCAGGACUUCACGGAGUACAAAUACCCGCACCAGCCAAACCGUUUUCCGGAUUUAAUGAUGUGUUUGCCAGAGAUACGAUAUAUUGCAGGAAAGAUGGUGAAUGUCCCCCUGGAGCAGCUGCCUCUCCUCUUUAAGGCC